GAGAAAAACACUAGCGUAAUGAAAUCACGAAGUAGUCCUGAUUUACGAGAUUCUUUUCUAAACUUAGCGUCAGAUUAAAGUGUUAACUAAACAUCUUGAAUCUCCGGCAAAUAUGUUUUGGGAUUUUGAAUAUUUCUAUGCCUUGAGGAGAAUCGUAAGGAAAUCAAUGUGAUGUUCACUUUCGCGGUCGCUGGGAUUGGGAAACGAUGGAAUUGUGUUGAAGAUUUAUUUUUGAAACAAAGCAAAAAUGGUUUUUUGGUUGACAGGAUCUAAAAAUGAUGGUAGCGUACUGAAUGAAUACUUGGCUGUUAUAGCAGCAUGUACAGCGUUUUUUACAUUGGGUGUCCACCAAGGCUGGACAUCCCCUUCCAUACCGAAACUCCAGUCUCCUGAAUACCCCUUCGAGAUCUCCAAUGAGGAAGCGUCUUACAUCACCAUGUUCGCCUCUUUGGGAGACAUCUUUGGAGAAAUCCUGUGCUCCAUUUUCGUCGACAGGAUCGGACGUAAGAAGACCAUGCUUUAUUCCGGUUUCCCCAUCUUAUUUUCUUUCAUCUUCAUCUACUUUUCCUACUACACUCCCGUCGUUCUUUACAUUGCUCGUCUCCUAGGAGGAAUUUGUUUUGGCGUAAUCAUGUCCAUAUCUCCAAUAUAUACUUCGGAGAUAUCACGUCCAAGGAUACGGGGAAAGCUGGGUGUUUUGGGAGCGUGCUCCUUUAUCUUUGGUCUGGUGGCGGUGAACUUGGUUGGUACGUAUUUGAACAUACAAGAAACGGCUCUGAUAUUUGCCAUUAUCGCAAUGGUAUUCCUUUUUACCUUUUCGCUGAUGCCCGAGACACCCUACUACCUUCUAAUGAUCAAUAAGGUACAAGAAGCUGAGAAAUCCUUGGUGUUCUUUAGGAGAUCAACAAAUGUUAAGAGCGAGCUCCAAUCGUUGACUGAUGACGUGGAGAGACAGAUGAGCGAAAGGGGUGAAUUUAAAGAUCUCAUUCUGAAUGAAACAAACAGGAAGGCCUUGAUUCUUAUGAUCUUUGCGAGGAUUUUUCAACAGAUGACUGGAGCUACUGUCUUUGCUAUGUAUACUCAACAUCUUUUAAGCAGUAUGGAUGAAGUCUUCCAACCACAUAUCGCCAUACUGAGCAUCUACACCCUACAAGCUUUCGUAGUGUUGUUGUCUGGAAACCUCUCCGAUAAAUUUGGUCGUGUACCACUAAUGGUUUGCUCAGCAGCAUCUUGUUUCAUCACGCUGAUGCUUCAAGGCGGAUAUUUCACCAUUAGAGAUUUCACCAACUUGGGUUUACCAUUAUGGACACCAGCUCUUCUCUUGGCAGUUUACUAUUUUUUGUUUCAAAUCGGUCUAGGCUCCUUACUGAACAUCAUGCUAGGGGAGAUGUUUUCAGCAUCCAUCAAACCCAAAGCGAUCUGCGUGGUCAACAUGACUCUUUCCCUCACCAUUAUGUUCACAGCUAAGCUAUAUCAGGUGUGUUCGGAUUAUCUACAUAUUUCUGUGUGUUUCUACAUCUUUGCAGCAUCUUCUUUUAUAAGCGUGUUCUUCUUCAAAUUUUUCUUCUUGGAGACUAAGGGUAAGACCCUAGAAGAAAUACAGAUGGAACUGAAAGGAGUUAAGAAGAGGCAAAGUGUUGUUGCCUAGAAUGGGUCAUGUUGUAAAAAUGUAUGUUGUAAAAUAUAUGUAAUAGUAAGUGUAA